UUUUUUUAAAUAAUGAUAUGAUUGAAGAAGUUCUUGUCCUUUCCCCAAGCCCUAACCAAUGCCUAUGCCAUUGCAUUUUAUCUCAAAACGACCACAUUUCUCUCAAGCUUCUAUCAGCUCUAUCAAAUAAAACGAUUCUUCAUCACAGACAACUGAACAAAUCCAAUGGCAACAUGAAAAAGGUCAAACCAGCCACAAUCAGACCGUACAUUUUCUCAUCAACCCGUAACUACACACCUCUUCGCCCAUCAAAUGUAUUCCCGCCAAAUCAAGAAGACUACAUUACCCACCGAACUCCCACCACUCUGUCCUCAGCUCUUCAACACUACAUCAACUCAGAUACUCCUUUUCAUGGCCAAAAGAUCCAUACCCAUAUUUUAAAAACUGGUUUUCGACCCAAUAUUAAUAUCUCUAUCAAACUUCUGAUCCUCCAUUUAAAAUGUGGGUGUCUGAAGUAUGCACACCAGCUGCUUGAUGAAUUGCCUCAACGAACUCUUUCAGCAUAUAAUUAUAUGAUUGGUGGGUACUUGAGACAGGGGUUGUUUGAAGAGUCGAUUAGUAUGGUUCGUAUGUUGGAUCUUGAUGGUGAAAGGCCUGAUGGGUUUACCUUUUCGAUGAUUUUAAAGGCUUCUACUAGUGGUGCUAAUGUUAUGUUGCCCCGUAAUACAGGGGGUUUAGUGCAUGCCCAGAUAUUGAAACUAGAUGUUAAGGCCGAUGAUGUUCUUUAUACAGCGCUUGUUGAUUCGUAUGUGAAGAGUGGGAAGGUUGGCUAUGCAAGGAAAGUUUUUGAUCUGAUGUUGGAAAAGAAUGUGAUUUGUUCGACAUCGAUGAUUUCUGGGUACAUGAAUCAAGGUUUUGUAGAAGAUGCUGAAGAGAUUUUUGGGAAGACAGUUGAAAAAGACAUCGUGGUUUGUAAUGCAAUGAUUGAAGGUUAUAGCAAGUCUGUUGAAACAGCUAUGAAAGCUCUUGAGGUUUAUGUUGAUAUGCAACGGUUUGGCUUUAGGCCUAAUGGGUCCACUUUUGCAAGUGUCACUGGGGCUUGCUCUGUGUUGGCAGGGUUUGAGAUUGGUCAGCAAGUUCAGUGCCAGCUUAUAAAGAGUGGGUUUUCCAACGGUGUAAAAAUGGGAAGUGCUCUUAUAGACAUGUAUUCAAAAUGUGGUAGAAUUGAGGAUGCCAGAAGAGUUUUCAACUACAUGCCAGUGAGAAAUGUGUUUUCCUGGACUUCAAUGAUUGAUGGAUAUGGGAAGAAUGGAGAACCCUUGGAAGCGCUUGAGCUAUUUCAUAGGAUGCAACAGUGUAAUAUUGAGCCCAAUUACGUUACUUUCCUUGGUGCUCUGUCAGCCUGUGGACACGCUGGCUUGGUCACUAAAGGCCGUGAGAUCUUUGAUAGUAUGCAGAGAGAUUAUUCCACGAAACCAAGGAUGGAGCAUUAUGCUUGCAUGGUUGAUUUGUUAGGCCGUGCUGGAAAUUUACAGCAGGCAUGGGAGCUUGUUAAAGGAAUGCCUGAGAAGCCAAAUUCUGAUGUUUGGGCAGCUCUGCUUAGUUCUUGUAAUAUGCAUGGCAAUGUAGAAAUGGCACGUGUAGCUGCCAAUAAACUUUUUAAGAUAAAUGCUAUAGGUCGACCUGGUGCGUAUGUUGCGUUAUCGAAUACCUUGGCCGCUGCUGAGAGAUGGGAUAGUGUGAGUGAGCUUAGGGAGAUGAUGAAGUUAAGAGGGAUAUCAAAAGAUACUGCUUGCAGUUGGGUUGGGACUGAAGUUGAUUUAUAAGGUUUCGAGUUGCGCAAAAGAUGUGAACCAGCAUUUUAAAUGAGAAGGGCUAUCUGUUUGAAUUUAUGUCUACAUCAUUGUUCAGACGAGUCACGAGUCAUUUAUCUAAGGGCAUUUUUGAAAAAUAUAUCCAAUUUUGUUGCACUUUGCUCGUAAUGCUGCCAUUGAAGCUUGCAAGAUACACUGGACUAAUUUACAUUCUCAAUCAUGAAAUUGAUUUUACUAUUACAACGUCGGAGCUUUGAAUUGAGGUACAGACACUGAUGGAUUUUUGAGAAGUCAUAUACCCCUAGAAGUCAAGAAUUGGGGUUUACUCCUGAGAAGUUCAAGAAAGUACCCAAGGAACUCCCUUCAUGUUAUCAAGUGUGAUCUACAGCUGCCUGAUUCAUUUACGUUCUCAAGGAUUAUGUGUCCUGCUCAAUUCUCAAUAGGCAAAAGGGAAGUCUUACAUCCUGGUAUUUGGAAGUCCCGUUUCCUUGCCAAUGCAUGAUUUUUAGUUGAGCAACGUUGGUCAUUAUUCUUAUCGGUGCCAUUUCCUUUUUGCACAGAAAAUUGAGAUGGCAGAUUUCCAGAAUGGAUUAGUAGUUUAAUCUAUAUAUUUACCCGGUCAAAGUCCUUGGUGUCCAAAAGGGAGAUGAAGAAUAAACCACAAUUAAUCUCCUUUGACAUUGAUGGGAGUUUGCUCUCAGUUGUGGUUCUCAUCUGGUGAAUCAGGGGAAGGGAG